AAUAAGUCGAAAAAAACCUACACUUCCCCUUAGCCGCGUUUCCUGUUCCCCCAUAUCUACCGUGAACCGUCGAUAGUCGUGGCCUAAAACAAGAACAAACAAAUAUCUGGUAUUUUCGUCGAACACCUCACGGGCUCUCUUUUCUCCUGAUAAUAUCAUCAUCGUUGUGGUAAAAAUAACUCUGCAUAUUUUUCUCCAACCAAGGAUCAUAUGUUAAUUCGGUGAAAGGUUCAAUCAAUUUAUCGUCGUCGCCUUUUAAUAUGAUGUUUUCAAGACUUGGUCGGUCAAUCUCUCGAUCGUCUCGUUCAAGGAAUGUUUUGAGUGGUGGAAAUGGCGGAAGAUCACAGAUUUUGACCGAUUCUUCAGCAUAUCAAUCUCGAUAUAUCCGACAGGCAGAUGAUAACCUUGGGGUUUUGAAGCGUUAUUUAGGUUCUCUAGCAGCUAACAAUGAAAGAUAUGGUUCUGGGUUAUCAUCCAAGGUGUAUCUAUCGGAUAUAAAGUACGUUCUUGCAAACCCUAGAUUUCAAAGAUUCUUCUCCAGCGAGGCUCCGAAGAAGAAGAAUUAUGAGAACUUUUUCCCCAAGGAAAAGAAGGAAACUCCAAAAGCAAACAAUCAGAAAACUGAAUCUAAAGAGGAAUCAAGCACAGAAGAUGAUGGGGGUUUCUUCCCAAAGCAAUUCAAUUUCCAAUUCCCUAUCCCUUUACUAGUAAUUGGGUUGUUGCUCUUUUCAUCACUCUCUUCUUUUGGUCCUCGUGAACAGAAACAGAUAAGUUUCAAAGAGUUCAAGAAUAAGCUUCUGGAGCCAGGGUUGGUGGACCAUAUAGUCAUUUCCAACAAAUCAGUAGCAAAAGUAUAUGUCAGAAACUCACCACGCAAUCAAUCAACCUAUGGCUCUAUUGAAGGAACAUCAAUCGAUUCACCUGCAAAAGUGAACACAAGCCAAUAUAAAUACUACUUCAAUAUCGGAAGUGUUGAAUCUUUUGAGGAAAAACUAGAAGAAGCCCAAGAAGCACUUGGGAUAGAUUCUCAUGAUUAUGUUCCUGUCACAUACGCAUCCGAAAUGGUUUGGUAUCAAGAAAUCAUGCGAUUUGCACCCACACUCUUAUUACUCGGAUCCCUUUGGUACAUGAGCAGAAGAAUGCAAGGUGGUUUAGGUGUUGGAGGUGGUGGUGGGAAAGGUGCACGUGGAAUAUUCAACAUUGGAAAAGCCGACAUCAAUAAAGUUGACAAGAAUACAAAAAACAAGGUCUUUUUCAAUGAUGUUGCUGGAUGCGAUGAAGCAAAACAAGAAAUCAUGGAGUUUGUGCAUUUUCUCAAGAACCCAAAGAAAUACGAAGAGUUAGGAGCUAAAAUCCCAAAAGGUGCUCUGUUAGUGGGGCCACCUGGCACUGGGAAAACCCUUUUAGCAAAAGCAACAGCAGGAGAAUCCGGUGUGCCUUUUCUGUCAAUAUCCGGAUCCGAUUUCAUGGAAAUGUUUGUGGGUGUGGGCCCAUCUAGGGUUAGAAACUUGUUUCAAGAAGCAAGACAAUGUGCCCCAAGUAUAAUAUUCAUAGAUGAAAUCGAUGCAAUUGGUAGGGCAAGAGGACGUGGGGGUUUUGGGGGGUCUAAUGAUGAGAGAGAAAGUACACUCAAUCAGCUUCUUGUUGAAAUGGAUGGAUUUGGCACCACUGCUGGGGUGGUUGUUCUUGCUGGAACUAAUAGACCUGAUAUUCUAGAUAAAGCUCUGUUAAGACCUGGAAGAUUUGAUAGACAGAUUAGUAUAGACAAACCUGAUAUCAAAGGACGCGAACAGAUCUUCCAAAUUUAUUUGAAAAAAAUCAAACUUGAUAACGAACCUUCAUAUUUCUCUCAAAGACUCGCUGCUUUAACUCCUGGAUUUGCUGGAGCUGAUAUAGCAAAUGUCUGCAAUGAAGCAGCUUUGAUUGCUGCAAGAGGUGAACAAACAAAGGUCACCCUGGACCAUUUUGAAGGAGCCAUUGAUAGAAUCAUUGGUGGACUUGAGAAGAAGAACAAGGUGAUAAGCAAGUCUGAACGAAGAACUGUAGCUUACCAUGAAGCAGGCCAUGCUGUUGUGGGGUGGUUUUUGGAACAUGCAGAGCCUUUAUUGAAAGUGACAAUUGUCCCACGUGGCACAGCAGCUCUUGGUUUUGCUCAGUAUGUUCCAAGUGAGAAUCUUCUCAUGACAAAAGAACAGCUUUUUGACAUGACUUGCAUGACACUUGGUGGCAGAGCUGCUGAACAGGUGAUACUUGGAAAGAUAUCAACCGGAGCACAAAACGACUUGGAGAAAGUGACAAAGAUGACAUACGCUCAAGUUGCGGUUUAUGGGUUCAGUGAGAAAGUCGGUUUGUUGUCAUUCCCUCAAAGGGAAGAUGGAAUGGAAAUGAGCAAGCCAUACAGCAGCAAAACAGGGGCAAUUAUUGAUACUGAAGUCAGGGAAUGGGUGAACAAGGCAUAUGAACGCACAGUCUCACUUGUGGAAGAACAUAAAGAGAAGCUUUCUCAGAUUGCUGAGCUUUUGCUUAAAAAAGAAGUCCUUCAUCAAGAUGAUUUGUUAAAGGUGUUGGGUGAACGCCCGUUUAAAGCAACUGAAAUGACAAAUUAUGACAUAUUUAAGCUUGGAUUUGAGAAGGAAGAUGUGAAAACUGGAGAGAACCUGGAUAAGAAAGGGGAAGGGGAGGGGUGUCACAAUUCAACUUGUAUUGGGUGAUUUAUCUUGUUAAAUGUAUAAGCGAGUCAAGUGGUGGUGAUACAGAAAAAAAAGGAACACGGGAUGUAAAGUUGAUGUGGCGCAUUUUCAUUUUUUUUUUUCAAGAAUUUCUUUGUCAUAAUACCAAAAAUGUGUCACAUUGUUGAUUUAUGUUCUGGGCAUAAAAAGCUAAUAGUUUUCUAAGACUUGUAAUAUAUGUUUUUAAUCUAUUGGCCCAUGAUAAGUAUGUUCUUGUCAAGUCAACCCAUAUGUUUUUAACCUUGGAGUGUAAGUUGGGUUCUACUUCAAUUUGAAUUGGAGAUUAGUAUGACUUGUAGUCUUGAACAUGUGUUUAUGUAUGCAAAUACUGUUUUGGGAUUUCAAUAAACUUAUUAAUUCUUCUUUAUUUAGAACCAUUUAUUUGUGAU